CUGAAGUCUCUUGUCUGUCUUGUUGGGUUGCAGAGCCAAACCAGGCAGUUAUGGAGGUGCAGGUGACAAUCAUUCCUCCGUAGAACUAAAUCAGCAGCUCCUUGGGUAGUUUGAGCCUCCCGAGUUGGCGCAGAAAGAACAUUCUUUGUUGUGCUUUUUUGAUGAUAUCUUUGAUGACGCAUGAAACGAAGAGAAGCCUCUUGUCAGUCUUGGGAGAGGGGAAAAAAAAAAACUCAAGAUGCAUCGGUCCAUGCUGGAUAAGGCCAGGAACAGAAGGGAAGACAAGGGGUUGGCAUAGAAGGCUUUUUAAAAACCACAAAAGCAGGCACCCCAUGAAGCUUUAAGCCUGAUUUGCAAUGCCCUGUUUGGAGGGCUUCGUUUCAAGCCGGCGCUUUUUGUAGAAGGUUUACUGUUGUGUGUUUGUGUGUGUUGCAAGUGCCGCACGCUGGGUGGCUCUCUUCCCCUUCCUGCUGUGGCUCUAUCAAGAGGAGACACACACACACACACACACACACACACACACACAGAGGUAUGACUUGCUUUCCUUUUUUUUUUUAGUUCUGGGCUGGCCUUCCUCUUGACCUCACCAAGCAACCGCCACCAUGAAGUCCUAUCAGAAGCUGAGCACGGACAUCCCUGGGAUCACCGAGGCAGGGGAGGAAGACCCUGAUGGGAAACCAUUGUGCCAUCAAAAGCUGUCGGCUUGGUGGCUAGGCGGGGGCCUCUUGAUGGUGGCCGCCCUCCUGAGCGGGGUGACAGUUUGGGUUCUCGGCCAGAUUUGGUGGGGCCAGCACGUGGUUCCCUGCCUGUCCAAAUGCACCUCCGUGCCAGAGAACCGCCGCUUUGACUGCUACCCGGAGAAAAGCGUGAUUGUGACGCGAGAACUUUGUGAGGGUCGGGGGUGCUGUUUUGUGGACGGCGAGACCCCCCUCGAUAGGAUAAACGGGAUUCCCUGGUGCUUCUAUCCCCCCGAUUUCCCCAGCUACACCUUGGGGGCCACGAACGAGACUGAGCUGGGGCUGGUGGCUUUUCUAACCAGAGAAACGAAGACUUAUUAUCCAAAAGAUGUUGAGAAGCUGCAGCUCAGCGUGGACUUUGAAACGGAUUCUCGGUUGCGUGUCAAGAUCACCGAUGCCACCAAUCCCCGGUACGAGGUGCCUCUUGACGUCCCCCAAGCCACCAAGAAGGCGGAGAAUCCCCUCUAUUCCGUGGAGUUGUGCAAGGAACCUUUUGGUUUGGUCGUGAAGCGAAGACUCUCCGGGACAGUUCUGCUGAACACAACAGUGGCUCCCCUGUUUUUCGCGGAUCAGUUUCUCCAGAUUUCCACGGUCCUGCCUUCUACGUUUCUUUAUGGGCUGGGAGAACAUCAGAGCAACUUCCUACAUAACAUGGAGUGGAAGACGCUGCCUCUCUGGGCCCGGGACGUCCCUCCAACAGAGUCCUACAAUCUCUACGGCGUCCACCCAUUCUAUCUUCUCAUGGAGAAAGCUGGAGCUGCCCACGGGGUUUUCCUCCUGAACAGCAACUUAAUGGAGGUGGCCCUUCAGCCUGCUCCUGCCCUCACCUGGAGAACCACUGGGGGAAUUUUGGAUUUUUACAUCUUUUUAGGACCGGAUCCCAACUUGGUGGUCCAGCAAUACCAGCAAGUGAUCGGUUUUCCGGCUAUGCCCCCCUUUUGGGGGCUGGGGUUCCACCUCUGCCGUUGGGGGUACGGGACGAGCAACAAGACGUGGGAGACAGUCAAAGCUAUGCGGAACUUUCAGAUCCCUCAGGACGCCCAGUGGAACGACAUCGAUUAUAUGAACAGCACCCGAGACUUCGCUGUGGACUCCGAUAAGUUUGCCAGUCUCCCACAGAUGGUGGAAGAUCUUCAUAAGCACGGACAACACUACGUGCUCAUCCUGGAUCCCGGAAUUAGUAGCACUCAACGUCCUGGCUCUUACUGGCCUUACGACGAAGGCCUGAGACGCGGCGUGUUCAUCAACAACACCGGAGGGAAACCUCUGAUUGGAAAGGUCUGGCCCGGCUUCACUGCUUAUCCUGACUUCUCCAACCCAGACACUGACGAAUGGUGGCUAGAAAACCUGAAACAUCUCCACACUCAAGUUCCUUUCGAUGGCCUUUGGAUUGACAUGAACGAACCAUCCAACUUCAUUGAUGGCUCAACAGAAGGGUGCUCCAAAGGAGAUCUAGACAACCCACCUUACACGCCUGGGAUCCUGGGAGGUUCCAUUUCUGCAAAGACUAUUUGCGCUUCAGCCAAGCAGAGGGUCUCCGUGCAUUACAAUCUCCACAACCUCUACGGGCUGAUGGAGGCCAAGGCCACCUCAAGGGCUCUAGUUGAACUCCGGGGGAAGAGGCCCUUCGUUAUAUCACGUUCUACUUUCCCAAGCCAGGGCAGGUAUUCCGGACACUGGCUGGGAGACAACCGGAGCGAAUGGAAGGAUAUGUUUUGGUCCAUUCCAGGCCUGCUGAGCUUCAGCCUCUUCGGAGUCCCGUUGGUCGGGGCCGACAUCUGCGGCUUCUCCAGCUCCACCUCGGAAGAGCUCUGCGUUCGCUGGACGCAGCUGGGAGCUUUCUAUCCCUUUUCCCGCAAUCACAACACUCAGCUUGAGAAGGCUCAAGACCCCACGGCCUUUAGCCCAGCAGCCCGGACGGCCAUGAAGGCAGCGCUAGAACUCCGUUACACCCUGCUGCCCUUGCUCUACUCUCUCUUCCAUCGGGCUCACCUGCAAGGGGACACGGUCGCCCGGCCCUUGUUUUUUGAGUUCCCAAAGGAUGAGGCCACCUACGCGGUGGAGAAGCAGUUCCUUUGGGGCCGAGUCCUGCUGGUGACGCCCGUUCUGGAACCCGGCGCAGAUUCAGUGAUCGGUUACUUCCCCAAAGGUGUUUGGUACGACUACUACACGGGUUCUUCGGUGAACAGCAGCGGGGAGAGCUUGAAGAUGGCGGCCCCUCUGGAUCACAUCAACGUCCAUGUGCGAGAGGGGACCAUCCUGCCAACUCAGAAACCCGGAGGCAGCACUUGGUUGACCCGCCGGAACCCUCUGACCCUGAUCGCAGCCUUAUCGCAGACCUCCAACGCCUGGGGAGAUCUGUUUUGGGACGACGGCGACAGCCUGGACACCUUUGAAAAAGGCGACUAUUCUUACCUGGUCUUCAACGUCACGCAGAACACCUUCGUCUCCACUGUCCUGCACUCCAAUACCGAAGCCACCUCCAUCACAGUGGAUAAACUCAGUGUCUACGGAGUCCGUGAAGAGCCGAAAACAGUCACCGUCGGUGGCAAAAACUGGCCCUUCACUUAUUUGACCAAUCAGGUCCUCCAGGUGCCCAACCUGCAGCUUCCCCUCAGCCAGGGUUUCUCCAUUCGGUGGAUGUGAGACCGGGGGAACCUCCUCUGCCCCCUCUUGCAUGACGAACCCAACGCAGACGAGGAGACGGAGCCGCUGCCUGCGGGGAACCUCGGCGUGGGAUCCUCACGUGCCUCUGUGGCUGCCCCUCCCGGGCCGUGCCGUGGCCUCUGGGCAUCUUCUCGGAAACGGCCUCCUCCUCCUCCUGCUUCUCGGAAGGGACCGUCUCUUUCUGCCGCUUCUGCUCUCGCGCUUUCCGGCACAGCCCUCUCGUCGUCUUCCGUGUUUCGCUCCGCAUGUCGCCAAACGUCUCUUCCACUCCGCGGGUGGCGCUUUCUUUGCUCCUUUUUCCUGGGGAAAGGAGAACUUUGAGUCAAAGUCACUGGGAUCGAGUUCCUGAUGGGUCAGGAACUUUCUUUUUCAGGAGGCAGCUGGACUUCCUGGGGUUUUUUUUCUUUUUUUCUUUGAAGAAGUUUCGCUUCUCAUCCAAGAA